AUGGGGAUCGCCAGCAGCGGCAACCUCAACCCCGACGGCGUCGCCCCCGGCAUGUUCGAGCCGGUGCACGGCUCGGCGCCCGACAUUGCGAACCAGAACGUCGCCAACCCAAUCGCCACGAUCGACUCGCUCGGCCUCUUGCUGCGUGAGACGGGCCGCAUCAAGAGCAACGCCGCGGCGAUCAAGGCGGGCGAGCGCAUCGGCGCCGCGGUCCGCAAGGUGACGCCCAAGUUCGCUGGUAAGAAUCUUGACCGCAGCGGUUAUGGGACGGAUGAGAUUGGGCGGAUGGUGAUCGAGGCGCUGUAA